UAACUAGCAUGCAUUACUUAAGUGUUAUGAUUAUAAUACAUCAGUGUUAGGGAUAUAUAUAUAAAAAUGUAGAAAAUAUGAAUGGAAUAAAAACUAUAAAGCAGGACAAAUUAGUACAGUGAGAGAAUAUGUACAGUGAAGGGAUUGCUCAUGAACCAUUGUAUUGCACAGACAGAACGAAUAUAGCACAGUGAAUAUUGCAGAGUUAAGAGAGUUAAAGUGCAGUCCAUAACAUAUAACAUUCAAUAACUGCAAUCGGUUGUUAAGACGUUGCAAUGGUUAUAAUUCUCAUAUAAUAUCAUAUCAUAUAUAGUUUACAUAUACAGUUGCAUAUUCAUGUGUCACAUAUUUUUUAAAUUGACUGGAUACAAUUAAUUCUAAAAGUUAGAACAGUAGUGAUAACUAUGACAGUCAUCUUAUCUGUUAAUGGAUAUUCUAUAACCUGAGCAUGCUACUAUUAUUACUUACCAAUACGAAUAAUAACAAUUAAGAUUUGAAUAUGAAUAACAUCGUGGAUUAUGAGUAGUGGUGGUUUCUGUUGUAGCAGUAAAACAUAAGUGGUGGGAUAAAUAUCACACUCAAAAUUUACAUGGAUAAAAGUGCAUUUAUUUUUGAUUAUCAGUUUUAAUUUCUAUUAUGAUUCUUUUAUGCCUGCGAGUGUGAACAACAGUAUGAGUAAGAAAAUUAUCUGCUCUGAUUAACUGAUGAUGAAGGAGGAGCCGGAGGAGGAGGCAUCCUGUGUUGUGUGGGGGGAAUCUCACUGGGUUUGAGGACAGAUACGUCAGGUUGCUUCUUGUUCUCUGGAUCACGAAGCUGCAAGAGGCACAAAGCAAACAAGGCAGAGAUCGUAGACUCAGAGCGUGGAACCCUCAUCCAAAAACACAGCACUCACAGAGGACCAUGGCAUUUGCAGGGAUGCUGAGCGAGGAGGACAUCAGGGCUGCGGUCCAGGCUUGUCAAGCUCCAGGCACGUUCAACUUCAAGUCCUUCUUUGCCCAAGUGGGACUCGCCGGCUCAUCUGAGGCAGAUGGAAAGAAAGUGUUUACGGUCCUCGACCAGGACAUGAGCGGAUACAUUGAAGAAGAGGAGCUCAAACUGUUCCUUCAGAAUUUCUCCCCAGAGGCAAGGGAGCUGACUGUGGCGGAGACAAAGUCCCUCAUGUCUGCAGGAGAUAAGGACGACGAUGGAAAGAUUGGGAUGGAAGAGUUCUGUGACCUCCUGAAAUAAAGAAAAUGAACACACGUGACAACAGAUGUCUUUCAAAAUGGAAAAUCCCUACUUUCCAGAUGGUUUGUGGCGAAGAACCUCAGAUAUUCUGUCCCUGCCUGCUGCUCUCCUCGUUGAUGUGUGUGUAUAAGAUGUGUGGUGGACAGACGGCGAAAGCUGGAUAUUAAUUGUGUGUGUGUGUGUGUGUAUUUGGUGGAUCAGGUACCUGGAAUGAAUUAAUAAAUUUAUUUAUUAGAUGUGAAA